UAUUUUGUAAACAAAUGAAGUUAGCGGAUGCAGAUAACGUUCGUAUAUAAACGCUUUUGAACUCAUUCACGCUAUAUUCGAAAUAUUGGAAUUAAUCGAGGAGGCAGAAAAAAAUUUAAACAAUGGUUUUUAAGAUUACCAGUAUUAUUCUGACAUUAACCGUAGUAACAUCAUGUACAGGGCGUCUUUACUUUCGUCCAUUGCCUAUCCGAAAAGAUGAGUCGGAAGCACCAACACCAGUUACUUCUAACUUCAAGUAUGAUCAAUCUGAUCCAAUGGGGCUGCAAAAGGCACUAUCAGGUAACGGAAUUGAUUAUGCGGUGAAUGGUGGAGGAAGUGGUCCCCCCAAUCAAAACGAUCCUGACCCAAACAAUUAUUUUGGUACACACAAUGUCGGACCCAACAAACAAGGAGUAGCUGCACAAAUCUGGUCAGCCAACGAAGAAGCGAACCGUAAUCAAGAGGGAGUAGUAGGAUCUAACCUUGGUGAAAGUGCACAUAUGUAUGAUAAUUCUAAACCUAACGGUGAGCUCGUUGUGAACGUCCCAAGUCCCGACGCCUUUAAAAGUAGUAAAUACAGUGGCUAUAGGUAUAAUAUGGACGGAUUUGGUCCAAAUACUCCAGAUAAAAGAGUGCUAGGGUAUUUAAAUGGCAGACAUGCUCAUAUUCAUUUGUAUGGACCUAACAAGUCAGGUGUAAGCAUGGGAGUUAAUCAUCCGGAAGAACAACAAGAACAUCAUCUACCUGGACCAGGCGACCAAAAUCCAAGUGAACCAGAUGAUAACAAUCAGGGAAAUCGUGGAAUAGACUAUGGACCAGGCGGCAACGAACAACCCUGGGUAGGGCACGAAGAAGGAACCGGAAACAUAGAUAGAGGUGACAGCCAUGGUACAGAUUUUAGUGGAACGAAUGGCUACCAGCCAAACGGUCCAAAACGUCCCAAUCCGGGUGGUUUUGGCCCUGGUAUUAAUCCAGGAAACCCCGGUGACUUUGGUCCAGGACCGAUGAAACCAGGUUCACCAGGUGGAAUGAACCACCCUGAAGAGCAGAAUCCAGGAGGUUUUAAACCAGGUAUGGGUAGUUUCAGACCAGGUGGGCCACCACCACCACCGCCUCAAAUGGGUAACCAAGGUGGAAAUGAUGGAGGUUAUGAGUUUGGGCAAAAUGGCGGGCCUAACAUGCCAGGCAAGCCCAAUCAAGGUAACUUUGGUGGUCAUAAUAUAAUUUUGGGAGGAUUUAACCAAACACCAGGGAAAUUCCACAAAGAGGGUUAUGGAGAAAGUGACCAAGUCCAUAGUGGCCAUUAUUUUCAGUGAACAAAUUUUAAGUUUCACAUUUUGUACUUAAGAAUAAAGAAGUAUUUAGAAA